CAAACAUUCCAGCGAGGAAGAAGAUGAAGAAUCGACCUGUUGGGGGGCGGUUUAUCUUUUUAGAACCAAAAAGCCAAUAAAAGGCUUUUCGCGUCUGGGUUUCAAAUCGAAACCGUCGGGAUUACAAAUCCCUGCAAAUAGGAGUGAAAUUUGACCAAGAAAAGAGUAGCCAAAAUGGAUGCAAGUGAGGACCAAAACACCGGCACUAGCACAAACAACAGCAACACCACCACCACUACCACCGGCACCAGCAGUACCACCAAUGGAAACCCUCAAACAAGCAGAACCUCCCGCCCACCGCAGAUAGCCCACAUGUCCCUCUACGAGCGACAGGCUGUGCAGGCUCUCCAAGCCUUGCAGAGACAGCCGAACGCGGCGCAGUACUUCCAGCAACUCAUGCUACAGCAGCAGAUCAACAACGCUCAACUGCAUAACCUGGCCGCUGUGCAACAGGCUACACUCGCCGCGAGCCGCCAGUCUAACACGCCGAGUAGCAGCAUCUCCCAGGCGGCCACCACUGUGAAUCUCAGCACCACAUCAGCAGGGGGAGCCGGCGUAACUCCCCGUCCCCACGGGACAGCCACCUCCGCGACAACAACUGCCCUCAACCAGUCAGUGUUGUUGGGGGGAAACACGCCAGGACAGGGGCAGAUGUAUCUUCGGGUGAACCGUUCCCUCAGGGCUCCUCUGGCCUCACAGCUCAUCUUCAUGCCCGGGGGCACAGCAACAGCUACCGUGGCAACAGUGGCCCAGACCCAGCAGCAACAGCAGCAGCAGACCGAAGCUCCUACCUCAGCCAACGCUCACCCAGAAAGUGAUCAGGUGCAGAAUUUGGCCCUGCACUGUGUGUCCACUCCCAGAGCAAUCGCCAUCAAGUCGGAGGUCCCCGACAGAAAAGAGCCGGGCGCCUUUCCGCUCAGUCAGCAGCAGCAAGCGGCCAAAUCGUCGGGCAACGCGAUCGCCGUCAAAGGUUCCAUCCAGCCGGCGAUGGCCGCUCCCGCGGCCUCGGUGGCGCCCUCCGCCUCCCCAGCGCUCCCCCUUUCCCAGCUCCUCCUGUCACCCUCGGCCGCUCCCGUCAUCCUGGUGCCUACCUCCAGUGUGCCCACCUCCACCCACGGCUACUCCAUCAGCUCGGUGGCGCCCAAAGCCAACGUCAACACGCAGACGCUGGUGGUGCAGCCCCUCCAGCAGGCCGCCGCAGACAAAGGUCCCGUACCCAUCCAGCCCAAGACGGUGCACGGACACCGCUUACCCAUGCAGGUUUCCCCCCGCCAGCCGCUCCCAAUUCUCCCGGCGCCGCCCGGCAACAGCCAAGCGGCCCACAACCACCCGCACAUUCCCGUGCAGCUGGUGGGGGCCCGGCAGUGUAUGGCGGGCGGCGUGCAGGCUGUGGCCCUUGCGCAGGUGCGAAACGUGGCAGCCCAGGAGAACCUGAACACCGUCUCGCACAACACUUCCGCACCUGUGAACAAGUCCAUCAAUGGCUCUCUGAAGAGAAAGUCAGACUGCGAAGCACCCAACGAGACGACGACGGUAUCUUCAGAAUCUGCUCCCAAUAAGGACGCCACUCCUGCUUUAACUCCAGCACCCACAAAGGAAUCUGCAGCUCCCCCUUCCGCAGCCUCCUUCCUGUUGGCGCCCAGCCUGCCUCUCCCGCUGUCGAGGGGCGUCCACGGCGACAAAGAGCGGGCGCCGCUCCCCCAGGCCGUGGUCAAGCCGCAAGUCCUCACCCACCUCAUCGAGGGCUUCGUCAUCCAGGAGGGAGCCGAGCCUUUCCCCGUCGCAGGGCUCCUCAAAGAUCGGGACUUUGCACUGGGCGCCCGCGCCGAAAACGGCCCACCUUUAUUGAAGUGUGAGUACUGCUCGAGCCUGGCGCCAGCCAACCAGUUCCGAGGAACCAAGAGGUUCUGUUCCAACACCUGCGCAAAGAGGUACAACAUAAGCUUCCGAAAACGCUACAAGUCGAGCAGGGGACGAAGCGAUGACGCGACGCCGGCGCCCCCUCUGGCCACGACUGAGAAUGCGACCAGGCGCCGCGGGCCCCCUCGCCGCAGCAGCUCAAACAGCAGCAAGUUGUCCAGCCAGCAUCUAAACGUUAAGUGCCGCUCCGACUCCAGCCGCUCGGAGGACGCGUCCAGCGACGGGGACGAGGAGGAAGAGGACAUGCCGUCUCUUUCUCCCAGCUCCUCUCACUCGCGCUCGUGCUCCAGAGCCGAGCAGGAUAAUGCUCCCCAGUCGGACACCGCCUCGGCUCCCGGGAGCCUCCCCAUGGAGACGGCCGGCUUCCUGUCGGCCACUCCGGCCCAGUGGAGCGUAGAGGAAGUCUGCAGGUUCAUCUCGUCGCUUCAAGGCUGCGAGGAGCUGGCCGCUCACUUCUUGUCGCAGGAAAUCGAUGGGCAGGCGCUACUGCUUCUCCGAGAGGACCAUCUCAUCUCCACCAUGAACAUCAAGUUGGGACCCGCCCUCAAGAUCUGUGCCUCUAUCAACAGCCUGCGCGAGUGAGCUGUCUUAUUUGGAUUUUCGGCACCACACAAUGAUUGACAGUUUACAUUCUGGACCUUGAAUGUGCCAAAACACAUUUGGCUUUUUUGGCUGGAGAAUGAGUGACGACAUUAACCAUAUUAAGUGCACUAACCCCAUAGUGAGAACUUGGAUUUGGUUAAGUGGUAGCAAGGUUACCUUCACAUGAGACACGUUGCCUUCUUGAAAAUGGUGCUUCAAAUUUUUUUUGUUACAAGUUCCUGUCCGACAAGCAGGGAGUCGUUCAAAACGGUGUCUUAAAGUUUAGUUUUGUAUCUUUUACAAUUUUUACUCAAAAAGAAUUUUUCAUGACAAGUUUUAGGAGCUAUAAACAACUAAACGUGCCGUGUCAAAGUUCCAGGACUGGCGUCACAAGACAUGCAAGUAACGCAAAACAUUUCAAAUCUUCUCAUUGAAAUAAAAGAAAAUGCCAUUGUGCUCCUUCCUUCAUUAAUUGUUCUUUGCAGAGAAUAAGAACUAUAUGCCUGUAAGUCUUAAUGUGCUGCGCCACCGUUUGUGUUCCCUGACGCUCGAGAGAGAAAAUCUAUUCAAAUAUAAUUCAAGCGAUACCAGUCCUGGAACUUUGGCCACUCGUUGCAACCUGAAUACGGGCCGAUGUGAGUUAGCGUUUUGUAUUCCUUCACUUUGCAAUAAGCAGACCCACGAUUAUUUAUUCACAUUUUAUCCGUCAUUCAGUUCACGGUCGUUCGAUGUAGGAGCGUACAAAAAACAAACAUGGAUGGCAUCUGUUACUUGAUAAGUUGGUAAACAAAUCAGACAAACCGUCAUUCCACAGCAUCCACUCUGACCGGAUGCCUUUCAAGUUUACAUCUGUAUGAAAGUCUGUAUUUCCUUUUGCCUAAACCUUAAAAUAAAACAUUUCAUAGAGAAAGCUUAAUAAAAAAUCUUGAGUAUACAAGUUUUGUUUCUUUUCAUGUGCAAAGCGAAAUAUGUAACAGU